CCCCAUCGCCCUCCUUUCAGAUUCGGAGGAGCCUGUAGUGUUCCUCCUCCUGGACUGUUAUCCCCUGUACCAUUCUCGACCGUAGCAUCGGAAAGCCAUUUUCUACUGAACAAGCCAUCUAGAGGGCAUUUCGUCAGGAUUCUGAUGGAACUUGGGAGUCACCAGGCUGUUUUAUGGGCCUCGUGCGUAAUUUGAGCACAGUGGACCACAUUGUUUCCUUGCUUGGAGAUUGCAACAGGUAAUGUACUAAAGAUUUUCCUCAUUUAAGAAGCAUUAUAUCACUCAACUGCAUUCCAAUUGUCAGAAUGUUAAUUUUUAUGACCAGGCCAACUGAUAUAGAUUAUCAGCACAUUAUUAUUUACAUAUUAUUAAUAGACUGAAGCAGUACAUUGGGAAAGCCUACAUUACCCACAGCCCCUGCUUGAAUGUUUACAGCAAUAAUUGAAUUUUGGUCCUGUUUUACCAUUUAACAUGCCUAUGACUUCAUAGAUGCAUCCUGGCUACCAUGCAGUUACUGUCUACAGACUACCCACUUUAUUGACAGUAAUCUUAUUUAUGCUCUUUUUAAAGAAAAUGUGCUAUGUUGAUUGUGUGCUAUGCUUUUUCCAUGUCACAUGUUGCAUAGAUUUAAAUUUGUAUGCAACUUAAAAUAAUUUUAUCAGAGGUUUAUACUAUUUCACCACUACUAUUGUAAAGUUAAGUUACUGCUUCUACUUUAAGUGACAUUUUUAGAAAAAAUUACGAUACAGCCAUGUCUUUUUGUUUGUUUUUCCAAUUUCUGGUCUGGGUGUUAAACAGGCAAUGUAUUCUUGAUUGCUUCUCAUGUUUUGCAGUAAAACACAAAAUGGAAUGAAGGAUUUGCAGAUUCGUCUAUUCGACCACACAGAAAGGUGUUUCGCAGCAAUCCUCUGUAGCUGGAAGAAAUUCCGCAGAAGAAAGUUGCCUCCUGAUUUUCAGAGCUAUUUGGUUAUUUCAACUUCAGACAUGGAUGUUUAGUAAAAAUAUCAAGUUUACAGUGAGUGAACCAAUAAGUUUGAUAUAGAGCAGCAACAGUUGUCAACUAUUAACUGCCAACUAUUUUUUAAGUAUAUGAUGACAUCAAUUAAUCAGUUUGAGUAACUUCAAGAGUCAAUUCCCUGAUUAUGGCUCCUUAAAUAUCUUCUGGUUUCUUUACUCUCUCACAGUAAACUGAAUAUUUUCUGGUUGUCGACAAAACAAGACAUUUGUGGUCUUCAUCUUAGGAUACACUGAUUCUAGUUGAUGAAUUAUUAAAAAUAAUUGGCAGAUUAAUCAACAUCAAAAAUAAUCAGUAGUCGAGUACAGCAUUUUUGCAGCAUGACUAAAAAACUGUACUGUAAAAUGUUCCACUCGAGCAUGUCAUGUUACACAUGUGAUACACUGGCUCAUUUGUUUUGUUUAACGUGUAGUAAGUAACCUAUGAUAUAGUCUUGCUUUUCCUUUUGUUUCCUCCCACAAAGAGCAUUAAUCAAUGUAACUACUUGAUAUAUCAGAAAUAUAAAAGAAAACCUGUUUACUGUCAUUUUUUAAGCCGAUCCGUUGACUGUUGUCCCUGGUCUCAGCACUGGCAUGCUGCUCAUUGUACCACUGCUUUCCUCUGUGGCCUCGUGUGUUGCUGCUUGCAGCUUUCCUGAGAGCUGCUCAUCCAAAAUACUUCACACUCCAAGCUAAUUGUAUAGACUUAUCAAAACAUUAACAAUAAAACUUGAAAGCACAUUGUUCAGUAUAAUCAGCAAUGACAUGGCUGUAGGCAUAAAGUAAGCUAGGGCUACACCUAAUGAUUGGUUACGUUAUCCAUUAUUAUAAAGACUAUUUUUUGAAUGUGUUAUUAAUGAUAUAUAAUUGACCCAAAAUGAAUAUCAAAAACUCAAAAUUUUCACCAUUACUUCAGUAUUUUGUUUAAUUAUUUCAACAUUUUUUGCUCUAAAUGACAUAAUUACAUAAUCACCAUCAGUAAAUAGAGGACCCUGCCUGGCUAUCACUCCAGAGAAUGAUGAUGUGUUUAGGUGGGAAGUUCACUGAGGGCUCGGUAGGGAAGGCUUACAGUCUCAGUGACUUUUCCUUUUCAAAUUUGGCAUAACAGUAACUACAACAGCACAACAGUUGAAGAUGAUGGAGACAUUAUGAAUUAAUGUUUGUGCUCUAAAUCGCACCACAUAAUCACUGCCAUGAAGUGGCUAAUAUUUUAUUUGAUGAGUGAAGGAUCUGUUUAGCUGUCAGACUGUGAUCACCAUCAGAACACCAUCCGCGCCUCUGGCUUCUCCAUUCACACAGAGAUAACUGUCAAACCGGUAGAGAGGCAGAAUACUGGCGCAAGAUUCCCGCCUUGAAAAGGCAGUGUGAGAGGAGCUAUAGACUGUUUGAUCAGCAAACCAUGUCUCUCCUCCCCCAACACAUUCAGUAAAAGAGAAAAGACAUGUUCUGGUGUCCCUGCCCACUUUAUCCCAUCAGGACACAGAACUUAGUAGAGAGGCAGUGCUGUCUGCUCGUGAAUGGGCAGGAUCCUUCUGUUUACUACUAUGUCUCUGUUUACAUGGUGACUUAGAGAGGAGGGAGGGGAUUGCUCACUGCAAAACAGACAGGAAGUUAGCUACAAUGAUUAGAACACUUACAGCAGCUUUAACAUGUCUUACUUUUUUCCAGUACUAUAGACUAUAUUCAGCUUUAUAUUUUCAAAUAAGAUAGAAAAACCUGUCUUUGUGUUUUGUAUAUAUUGUGACAUAUGUAUUGUUGUUUCCCAGCCCCACAUACUGUACAUUGUCUGUGUUAUAACCACAGAUCAAAUGUCAAUUCUAUAUUGAGUAUACUUUAUAGUCAAAUAUUUAAAAAGCAAGACCUCUGAGUGCAUUACAUUUAGGAAAAAUAUAAAAUAUCAUUUUAAAUAUGCCAUGGCCGCUCUGUCUUGUACAACACUAUAACAUGAAUUUUGAAUACUCUCAGCCCCACUGUAGCAGCUUCUCCACAGACCAUAGUACAGUGAUUGCUUUGGAAGGCAGGCAGCAGAUCAGCCCUCCUGCAGAACCACGGCAAACUCAGGUCCCACAGUGGAAUCCUAUUCCUGUGAAACAUCAUCUUCCAGACAGCAGUGACCAAGCUGGUGAGGAAUUCUUGAGAUGCAUUGCAGCAAACAAACCUCUCCCAGACUAUCUCAAAGGGAACAUGGCAUACAACUUGGCUGACGCAUUUCAGUCAGCCAGUUUCCUGAAAGAAGCUGUCAGAUUGGACCCUGAGUUCCGAAAGCGUGUCACCAGGAGCAAAAGCCGUAGUCGAAGCCAAAGUCGCAGCAAAAGUCGGGGUAGAUCCCGAGCCAAGAGCCGUGCACGAAGCAAAAGCAGAGUGCGGAGCCGAAGCAGAGGAAGGGCCAAAAGUCAUGCUCGCUGUAAGAGUCGAGCAAGAAGCAAAAGCAGGACCAGCAGUUUGGGUCGGAGCCGGAGCCGAAGCAGGAAGAGUCACUUACGGAGCAAGAGUCAAGUCAGGAGGUCUAGGACACGAAGUAGUAGUGGAGAAAAGAGCCAUGGCAAAGACAAAAAAAGAAAGAGGAGCCCCAGCUACAGCUACGGCAGCAGUAAUCAUCUGACGGGGCAUAGUCUGUUAGAAGGCCUGAAGCUGGUCAUGAACAGCAAAGAACUGGAAGAGCGGUUGCCCACCCUCAAAGAUGCCAUCCUCACUAUUCAGGCCUCAGAUGAAAAAAAAAAAGUUGAGUGUGUGCCUGAUGAGCCCAGACAUCAGCAGCAUUACAGUCUGGACAGUUCAACAUCGUUGGAAAAUGACAAUAUGCUCCUCCCUCACGACCGCGUAGGCAGUGACUUCUCUUGGCUCCAGGCACGAAGUCGAGAGGACCCCACAGUCCAGAAAGCUGAUGAGCUUGAAGAUGAAGAGUCGUUCCUGUAUGGUAGUGAAGACAUUGGUAAAAAACAAACCGAUAAUUCAUCUGCUACACUUUUUGCAGCAUUCUCUCAGAUUGGAGAACGUGAGAAACCAAGGGAAAUGGAAAGUCUUGUUCUUGGCAGUCAACAGCAUCACCAGAACAAGUUCAUAAACAGUAGCUGCAAGGAUUUGAUUGAUCUGAAGCAGCCCCUUCAAAUAAAUUCCUUAAGCUUAACCUCUGCCAAUCUGGACAGUAGUGAGUGUGAGAAGAUCAAGAACAUAUUAAAGAGUCUGGGUACAGCAGACAUCAGCGAGAUAAUGGUGAAGAUGCAGGAGCAGGAGGCAAAGCAGCUCUCUGCAGCACUUCUCAGUUCAGACUCAACAGCAGCAAGCUUAGCAUUGCCAGCACUGAGUGACCCAAAGGUUCGGCAAUCUCUGGAGUCUCUACAGUCGCUGAUCAAAGCAACCAAGGAGAAGCGGGCAAGAAGAGAUGGUAGUUGCACAUCUCAGACAUCUUCUGAUAAACACAAGGCAGGUGACAAUGAGGAAAAAAAGAGAGAGAAACAGGCUAGAAUGACUAAAAUGGAAUCCCUGAUGAAAGAACUAGAGGGAUUGUUGAAACACGAUGGAUUUUCUUUUAUGACACCAGUAAUUGGUUUUUACUGCCAGAAGUGUGAGGAAUUCAUUGGAGACUUGAAUAGUGCUGAAAAUCAUGCUGCCAUUCACUAUCACAGUGGCUCCAGCAGUGAAGUGCAGAUGGACCAGCACACCGGAGAUGGCAAGCUACACUUGCACUCUUUUAGCAGCAGCAGUAACCAGCACCCACAUCCUUCAGACAGAAGAGAUCCUAGGGACUACAGUUACCACAGGAAGCACAGAGACUACCAGCUAGACUUGAGAGAUGAGCGAGAUCACAAAAGCAAAUGCACCAUCGACCACAUAAGUCACAGAGCUGGGCAGGAAAACAUAACCUUAAAAGAAGAGAUGAAAAAGGAGAGGAUGCUCAUAACUGUGUCCCGUGGACUGCCCCCCCAUCCGGAUGUAAGGGUCAAGGAGGAGCUGCACAAGGAGCUGGAGGCCAAUAGAAGCCAUAGCAAAGUCAAAGUAGAAGAUAAAGACACCAAGGGGAAAUCUUCCAAGGGCAGUAGAGAAAAAGGCAAGGGAAAAAAUGAAAGCAGUGAUAGUAGUGACGAUAACAAAGGAAAAACACCUAAAUCAAAAUCAGCUAAAAAAAAGAAGAAGAAGGAGAAAAAGAAGAAGAGGGAUAAGUCCUAAUUAUAGUGCUGUGCUGUUUUUAAGGGCCAUAUCCAAACUGGAGUAUCCAUGACAUGAUGUUUGCAGCUUGCUGCUGCUCGGGUUUCAACAGUGUAAGCUUGGAGUGUUAUCUUUACACACCAGAGAACCAUGCUGUUUUCUCUUGUCUUGCUUCUUAACGGUUUUUGUUGGUGUAAUCAGAAGAAGCCCACGUGUUGCUGUCAACCAUUGUCAAAAGAGAGGAUUUAUAGAAAAGGUAGAGGUGAAAGUUUCCACUCUCGAUAAAACUCCUCCCAGUGUUUUUGCCAACCAAAGUCAAACACACCCCAGCCUGAUCUCCACUAUAAGCAGAUUGAAAAUUGCUUUUGUUAAUUUGCUUCCAAGAUAUGUUUACAUGACAAAUAAUAUGUGGAUGUAUGACAUGUCUUAAGUAUAACCUUAAUUUCUAAAUUCAUCUUUUAAUUAAAUGUUUGAAAAAAUAAAAAGCCCAGUUAUUUUUUUUCUACACAUUAGUCUUAGUUCCAUUGCAACCAUGUACAUAUAUUCCAACCACCA